AUGGCCACGUUUGGGGGGUCAUGGCCAGCUCCACCUCACCGCCCUGGCAUCCGGGCCCGGGUGGCUGCGCCGGCAGCCGGGGGCGAGGGAGCCGCCGUGGGAACCACCGCCAGCCCCCCGCGCUGGCACUGCCACCCCGUGUCCCCACCCACGCCCACUGCCACCGUGCCCGGGCACCGGCACCGGCACCGGCACCGGCACCGGCUGUGCCCAACCCGCUGCGGGAGCACGGAUGCGCCGCACGUGGCACACGUAGCACACACGUGGCACUUACGGUGGCACUCGGUGGCCACGGGGUCAUUUUGUGUCCCCCGGGGGUCACCGGGGUCACGGCGGCUCUCCCGGAGGUCUCGGAGCAGACAAGACGAGCAGCGCGGCGGGGCAGAGCGGCCGGAAGCGGCGCGUCACGUGACCGCACCCGGAAGCGGCGGCGCGGCGGGACCAGGGGCCAUGAGCGGCGGGGCCGAGAGCGCGACCGGGGACGGGAACGGGGCCGAGAGCGGCGCCGAGCGGCCGGUCCGCAUCGUGGUGGAGUACUGCGAGCCCUGCGGCUUCGAGGCCACGUACCAGGAGCUGGCGAGCGCCGUGCGGGAGGAGUAUCCCGACAUCGAGAUCGAGUCGCGACUGGGGCCCACCGGUGCCUUCGAGAUCGAGAUCAACGGGCAGCUCAUCUUCUCCAAGCUGGAGAACGGGGGCUUCCCCUAUGAGAAGGACCUGAUCGAGGCCAUCCGCAGAGCCCGCAAUGGGGAGCCCCUGGAGAAAAUCACCAACAGCCGCCCCCCCUGCGUCAUCCUGUAGCCCCCCGGGGACAGGGGGGUCCCCCCAGCGCUGCCUUCCUUAAAUCCAGGGACACUGGGGGCACCAGGGACACCGGGAGAGCCUCCUGGGGACCCCCGUGGUGGCGCUGGGAAGGGCAGAGCUGUGGCACUGGUGGCACUGGGGGUCAUUCUGGCCCCUGCCUGACCUGCUGUGGGGUGUAGCCGUGGCCUGGGUUGAGGGGGGGGUCUCCCACCUGCCUUUGCCUUCCCCCCUCAUCAGCUGCACCCCCCUGGGGGGCACAGGGGGUCCUCACAGCACCCCCAUUUCUCUGUGCUGGCCUCUCCCCUCCCUCCCCCCAUGGGAAUGUGGGGGUCUCCCAUGUUGGAGCAGCUCCCAGCAGGUUAAUUCCAAGGGGAAUCCACUGGCUGUAACUCCCCCGGGAUUUGUUAAUGAUUAAAGUCCCUCUGUCACUGUUUAAUCCAGGGCUGGGCCAUGGGAACCCUGGUGUGUUCACAUCCCCCCUCCCCAUUCCCGGGCUCCCAGCUCCUGAUUCCUGCCUGGAAUGCUCCUGCCCUUGGCCUCGGGAAAGGGGAGGGGGCCCUAUUUAUUCUAUACUGUGUAUAAACCAAACGGGCUGGGCGGAAUAAAGGAUGGAGAAUGUGG